GGGAGCUUCUUGGUUCAAAAAAAAAAAACUCAACCCAAACCCCCAACCUAUUCGAGCGACGAAACUGGAAAAAAGCACGCGACGACGCGACGGUGAAGGGGAAGUGUGAAGGGAAGCAGAAGCGAGACAAAUCCCCACCCGGCUCCAAACCCUAGCCACCUCCCCCGUCCCCCCCUUUUCGUCCCCCAGAUCUCGCUGGCGUCUGCUCCGCCUCGCUUCGAUGUGACCCCACCCUAGGGUUUGAGACGGUGUUGCGGUGUGUGCGUGUGUCGCGGCGAUUCGCGACGCGAGUAGGAUUCGAGGUGUCGGCGGCGGUGCGAGCGCAAAUGAAGGACCCGGCGCACCGCACGAAGGUGGUGCUCCGGCGGCUGCCGCCGGCGAUCGCGCAGCAGGCCGUCGUGGACCAGGUCGAUGCGCGCUUCGCUGGGCGGUACGACUGGGCCUGCUUCCGUCCCGGCAAUGCCAGCCAAAAGAAUCAUAGGUAUUCUCGACUUUACCUAAAUUUCAAGCACCCAGAGGAUGUUGUUGAGUUUGCUGAGGUCUUCAAUGGACACAUAUUUGUGAAUGAAAAGGGUGCUCAAUUUAAAGCUUUCGUGGAAUAUGCACCAUCACAACAGGUUCCCAAGUCAAAUGUCAAGAAGGAUGGCCGUGAAGGGACUGUUACGAAAGAUCCUGAGUACUUGGAGUUUCUUGAGUUUAUUUCAAAGCCUACUGAGCAUCUACCUAGUGCUGAAAUUCAGCUUGAAAGGAAAGAAGCCGAAAGGGCAGCUGCUGGAAAGGAGGCACCUGUUGUGACACCUCUUAUGAUGUAUGUCCGCCAGCAAAGGGCAGCUAAGAGUAUGGCUCAGAGACCUGGAAGUAGGCUUAGCAGAAAAGUUGCAGGUGUUGUAACUAGCAGUUCCAGUCCUAAAAGGUCUUUUGAGAAGCGCAGAUCCUCCACGUAUGUUGUACGAGACAGUAUUAAGGAGAAACCGACCUAUAUCAUGGUGCCAAAGAGAGAGGAGCAUACACAAAGGGAAAAAAUUGUUUCUGGAAAUUCAGAUGCCACAAGUGGGGGGGCAUCUGGAUCUGGUCAGUCUUCUGACAAAAUUGUCAUUUUGAAAGGAAGAGGAAGGGUUGAUUCGAACACACCUGAUGGAGCAGCUCAACAGUCAUCAACCCCUGUGAAGAAUAUACCACCAUCGAGUUCUAGACUAGACAAGCGAUCUGAAGCUAAUGGAAGAAUUAUUAAAACUGUUCUUUCAAACAAGGAAGUUCGCAGUUCAAAUCCAUCUCAACAUGAGCAGGAAGGUCAAAUGUUUAAUACUGAGAAGGAUAAGCGUCCACCACGGGCUCUCAACCCUCGGACUAUUGUGAAAGAUCAGGUAGUUGAAAAUGCUGAGAGAAGCCAUUUUGAUGAGAAGAAUAAUUAUCUCCACAGCUCUGCUCCAAUUGGUGAGAAGGUUGAAAGGCAUGCCAGAAACAGAGAUAGACCUGAUCGCAGUGUAUGGGCACCUCGCCGCUAUGACAAAUCUCCGCCUGGGGGUGUUUCACAUGCCUUGUCGUCAGAUUUUUCUCAAAUGCAGUCACAUUCUGGAGAUAAUGUCUCACAACUAACAGAUGGUCAUGGAGACAGAAAGACAGACACAAGGGGUCAUGGAGGUAGCCGUGGUGUUCCUGUUGAAAAUGGACAUAGGCAUGCCAACCGUCGUGGUACCCCAUGUGAUCCAAAGGAAACCAAAAUAUCUGCUAGCGUGCCUGAUGGAAAGAAUUCAAAGAGGGGCUCUGCUAGCUAUGGUGCUCAUGAGAGACAAGUAUGGGUUCAGAAGUCAAGUUCAGGCUCGUGAGUUUGUCCAUUGAUGAUACUCCCAUAAAAAACAGGUAUUGAAGUCGUGGAGAAGUCUUGGAUUCUGCAGCGCAUUCUUCUUUGUUAGCUGUUGAUCCUGUGAAGUAUGGUAACGAAAUGUCCAAUGGUCAAAUGCUACCAUGAAGUGCAAUCUCAGAUCUGUCAGUCGAAGUCUCAGCUGAAAAGAGGGCUCGGCUGAUUUGAUUCACAGAAAUAGUGAAGUAACAUAACCCGGCAUGUAGGUAGCUCUCCGACAACUUUGGGCAAGAUUUGAUUUAUGCCCAAUGUUGAUCUUUCUGGAGCAUUGGAUGGAGAUUAGGUUGGCAUCACUACCUCAUUACCUCGUGAUAGUGGUCACAUAUUUCCAAGACCCCUGGAGGUUACACGCACCCUCGGCAAUUCGUCAGAGAUGGAUGUAAAUAUCUCUAGAGAAAGAAGAGGUCUGGUUCCGAUUGCUGUUUACAGGUUAGAGGUGCAACGUAUUUACAAAGAGAGAUAAGAGUUAUCACUUAUCAGAUUACCUGGUUUGUUAAAUAAAGGUGAAUUUAGCUACUAGAUUAUGAGACCCCGUGUUUUGACUUCUGCAAUCGUGGUUCACGACAGCAGAAAGGUUACCUAGGAGUGUAAAAGUGACAUCUCAUUUUGAUGCUAUGGUUCUGACUCAAUGGGAUGUGACUUUGUGAUGUGGUUUUGUCGCCUGGUGUGUGUUUUGCUGCCAUGUUCCUCCAAAUGACCCGGGUGUUCUGUCGUGUUAGGGAUGAUAUGCUUGGUGUACAGCAUCAAAGGUGCUUAAUGUUUUAAAUCUUAAAAGUGAUGUUGCCUGGCUUUAAUGGUUGA